AUGGAGGCUCUUUCGAAACUUUCGCGUUUUCAAGUCGGGGCGUUGAGCACAACAGUUUUGUGGAGUCUCUAUGGAUUGGGUUUGCUCCAGCCAGUUUUCAACCUGAUACCACUGCUCGUGGCCGUGCCUACGAUAUUCUGCCUCAGUGAAAUUAUACGGAGACUCGUAGAAAAUAGUCUUGGGAAGCGUUCCGUGCCAUGCAAUGGGGAAUACGUGCUCAUCACCGGCUGUGGUUCAGGAUUCGGAUUCGCUUUGACAAAAUGUCUUGUGGACAAAGGGUACCACGUUUUCGCGGGUUGUCAUUCGCCCGAUUGUGGAGGUGCGAAAGAGCUGGAACUGUACUCGAAGCGAGUCGAAGUCAUCGGCAUGGAUGUCGGCUCCGAUGAGUCAAUGAAAUCGGCAAGAGAACACGUCGAGAAGAAAUUAGGAAACAUGGGACAACUUUGGGCGAUCGUGGCGAAUGCGGGUGUUGCCAACCAAGGUCCCCUAGAAUGGACGACCAUGUCGGAAAUUGAGCAUAUUUUCAAAGUGAACACUUUCGGAGUUUUGCGGACGGUCAAAGAGUUCCUGCCAUUCGUACGGCGAGCCAGAGGGCGGGUUGUGGUGACAAACUCAUUGCUCUCAACGAUCGCCAAUCCCUUCGUGAUCCCCUAUUCGAUGAGCAAAGCCGCUUCGAAAGCACUCGUUGAAGGCCUCCAGAGAGAGCUCUGUGACUUCGGGAUCUACUGUUCAUCGAUAGAGCCUUCGUACUAUGAGACUGCGAUGACUCGUCAUCGAACAGCGGAGGACUACCGAAAGAAAUAUGAUCUGAUAGACGAAACGAUGAGGGAAGACUAUGAAGGCUACGUCGAACUCUGCAGUGAAUAUUUUGAUAGCGUUUCAAGCGUCAUCACCUCGACCAAGGUGGAGGAACCGAUCGACGCAUUGGCACAUGCCGUCUGUUCCGUCAGACCGCUUCCGUAUUACUUCGUCGACAGUCCCUGUGUUAGCUUUUUAAGAGAAAUCGAACGGCACGUCAACAUUGAAGUCACUGAUGCUGCGGUGAAAUGCACAAAAUACUUGGCAGCUCUGAAGAAGAGGUUCACGUCGACAAAGUGA